CCUACCAGACGACUCCCCGGCGUUCAUAGCGCAUCUGCUGCUGCACUACGAUGAGCAGCGCCAUGGGGACGGCUUCGUGCUCUGCCACCACUCCUUCAGCCCCUCGCUGCACCUCUCCCGCCUCCACCCCUUCUUCUCCCACUGCCCCGCUCCCCCGCAACCCUCCGAAUGUCCCAGUACCUCCCCGCACCCCUCACAUGGCGGUUCCCCUCAACGGCGCCCCAACCACUGCUGCCCUGAUUCCCCUCACCACUCCGACUGUCCAAUUCCUGAUUCUCCUUGUGCUACUGCGGCUACUGCCAUUCCUUCUGCUCCUUCUGAGCCUGCUUCUGCUCGUCCUGGUUCCUUGUUGGGUGGUGAGGAGUUGAGUGCGGUUGAGGGCGAGGAGGAGAGACGAAGGGGGGUAGAUGAGGGCUGGGAGGAAGGGGUGGAGGAGGAGAUGGAGAGGGGUUGGCAGGGGUACCAGGCUGCUGUGUGCGAUGAUGCAGUAGACAUUGACUGCUUUAUUGGCCUGCACCCACAUUUGCAGCUGCAGCAGCAGUACCAGCACCAGCGGCAGCAGCAGCAACAGCAUUACCAGCACCAACAGCAACAGCAGCAGCAGACGGAGCAGCAGAAGCAUGAGCAGCAGGCGCCAGUGCCUGCUGAAUCGUCUGGAUAUCCCACCACUUCUUACCUCUCUAACCCCUCUCACGCCGCUCAUCCCACUCGUCUAUCUCACCCCGCGUCCUCGCACCUCACAUCUCCUUCGACGCACCCACGGGGCUCCAGCGCUGCUGUGGGGACAAUGAUGGGGCUUCAAGCCAAGAGACCAGCAGCGCACACUACGGCACACACUGCACCACACACGGCAUCGCCGCUUACUAAACCACACACUACACCAGUGGUCCCGGCACCACCGUUGACUGCAGCACACAGUGUGGCACAAGUGGCAGCACAAUCUGCAGCACAGAGUGCGGCGCAAGGGCGUGUGCAAGUGCAGGCAGAGGGUCAAACACAGGCAGGGUCACAGGGACGGGGAAAGGCUAAGGGAUCGCUCCCAUUGGAAAUCAGAGCAUCUGUUUCUGGCGCCACUGCUGCUGCCACUGCCACAGGCAGUGCUUCAGCUCCUUCUGCUGCAGUACCUGCUGCGUCUGGUGGUGUGGGCAGUGUAAUUCGUGAAAGGAAAGGGAGACAACGUGUGGGUGCUGCUGGCGCUGGUGCUGCUUCUACCAUUGCUGCUGGUGCUAGUUCUGCUUCAGCGAAAGAAGGGGCAGCAGGAGGAGGAGGAACAGCAAAGCUACACCAUCAGUCCAUCAAGGUUGAAGGGCAGGGAUCAGCCCUGGUGCGAGCUGCAUUUCCGAGUUCUCUUCCUCUUGCCACUCCCCGUCCUCCUCUGCCUCCUCUUCCCCCUACCAUACCUGCCUCGUCCAUCCCUGCUGCUGCUGGUGGUCCUGCUGCUGCUGUAUCAGCUGCUACCCCAUCCCAUGCUGCGUCUGGUUUGGGUUUCACACCUGCUGCUGCCACUGCUGCUGCCAUUGCAACUGCCACUGCUAUUGUUGCUGCCACUGCCGCUGCUGCUGCUGCUGCGACUGGUGCUCGCGGCAAUGCUGCUGGUGGUGCAACCAGGAGUAAUGCAGCUGCACAGAGGGAAAAGUCGGGCCGCAUUCAGCUGCCCGACCUCGCAAAACAUUUCCACCUGCCCAUCAACGAGGCUGCCCGGGAGCUGGGCAUCUGCCCGACUGUCCUGAAAAAGAUUUGCCGGCGCCAUGGCAUGCGGAGGUGGCCGCAUCGCAAGAUUCGCAGCAUAGAGCGCAUCAUAGCGACUCUCGAGGAAACGAUCGCCGGAGGGGCGCCAGCGGACGAGAGCAUUCUGCGGGAGAUCAAGUCGCUCAAGGAGGAGAAGAAGCGGCUGUGCGACGGGCACUUGGGAGACCUGUGA